AUGUCCGCCGAAGUACAAGACACCAACCUCGAGAAGGUCGACUCCGCCAUCUCCGACCAGCCCGGUUCUCCCUCAGAUGCCAAGGGCAAGGGCCAUCGUAGAACCAGCAGUACCGUGUCUGGCGUCGCCAACAUUGCUGAUCUUGAGAAGGAGGAUGCUGAGAUCAAGAUCGCUCCUGAGACGCAGAAGCUUAACUGGAAGCUGAACACCUCACCUGCUACACUUGAUGACAAGGAAGCCCUCAAGAAGCCUCUCUGCACGCCUCUGAUCAAGAAGAUCGACCUACACUUCCCACUCGGGCUCGAAGUCACCGCCCGCAACCUCAGAGGUGUCACCAUCAAGGAUGCACUGGACGCCAUCUACAAGCAGUACAAGAAGAAGGCCGACGACGAGCUAGAAGAGCCCUACCUCGCCGGCUUCGAAUGGGACAAAGAAGCCAACUACCAGAAGUUCAUCGUGCAUCAGAAGAAGACGGGAGAGGCGCCGAUGGGUGGCAGCAAGAAGAAGAAGAACAAGGGCGGUGAUGAGUAG